GUUCGUGCGCGAGCUGAAAUGGAUGGAGUAGAGAGGAAAAGGACGGAGGCUCAGAGGAGCAUGAUGAAAGACAGCGAUCUUAAACAAGACUCCGGCAUCCCUGAGCGCGUGACACUGAAGAAGGAGAUCGGGCUUCUGAGCGCGUGCACGAUCAUCAUUGGUAACAUUAUUGGCUCAGGGAUCUUCAUCUCUCCUAAGGGUGUUCUGGAGCAUUCGGGUUCGGUUGGCUUGGCGCUGGUGGUGUGGGUGUUAGGAGGAGGCAUCGCUGCUCUGGGCUCUCUUUGCUACGCUGAACUAGGGGUCACCAUCCCCAAAUCUGGAGGCGACUAUUCCUACGUCACAGAGAUCUUUGGCGGUCUCGUGGGGUUUCUGCUGUUGUGGAGUGCAGUACUGAUCAUGUAUCCCACCACACUGGCAGUCAUCGCUCUCACUUUCUCGAACUACGUGCUUCAGCCUGUUUUCCCAUACUGCGUUCCUCCAUACAUAGCCACACGCAUGCUGUCCACCAUCUGCAUACUGUUUUUGACAUGGGUGAACUGCUAUAGUGUGCGUUUGGCCACACGGAUCCAGGACGCUUUUACCGUGGGGAAGCUGCUGGCUCUGGGGCUCAUCAUUACUGUCGGUUUAGUGCAGAUCUUUGGAGGUAACUAUGAGAGCCUGACUCCACAGGUGGCGUUCAUGUUUAAUAAAGCUCCCUCCAUAGGGCAGAUUGCUCUUGCUUUUCUACAUGCCUCCUUUGCCUUCAGCGGCUGGAACUUCCUCAACUACGUUACGGAGGAAGUGGUGGAUGCGAGGAGGAAUCUGCCACGAGCCAUAUACAUCUCCAUUCCUCUGGUCACAUGUGUGUACACGCUCACAAACAUUGCGUAUUUCUCCUCCAUGUCUCCUGAGGAACUGCUGUCUUCCAACGCAGUGGCUGUUACUUUCGGUGAAAAGCUUCUCGGGGUGUUUUCCACCCUCAUGCCGAUCUCUGUGGCACUCUCCACUUUUGGGGGUAUCAAUGGUUACCUCUUCACCUCCUCCAGGUGA